AUGCCAACCGCCUCUUUCUCGUCGAGUCGAGCGCGUCUUUACAGCACUGCCAAAGUCGCUACAGCUAAUUCUGCUAGAAAAGAUAAUAAAUCGCGAUACUGGGCUUUUGCCGCAGCUGGCAGUGCUUUAGCUUUCAGCUUAUGGACCGCUCCUAAGAUUUAUUGUGAUGCCGCCAAUGACGAUAAACAACGGCGAGCGGAAGGUCCGAUCACUGAUAAAGAUCCUAUGCGCUUGCGUAUGGAAGCUUUUGUAAAGGGCUUGCAAAACCGUAUCGUAUCUGAUAUUGAAGCACUGGAUGGAAAGCAGUUCACCCGCACGACGUGGCAACGACAAGAAGGUGGAGAAGGCAUUACCUGUGUUCUUCAAGAUGGCAACGUAUUUGAAAAGGCGGGUGUGGGUGUCUCCAUUGUAUAUGGUCAAUUACCUAAAGCUGCGGUCGAACAAAUGCGUCACGAUCGAGGCAAGGAUAUCAGUGCCGAUGGUCCGGUCCCAUUUUUUGCUGCCGGUAUUUCACUGGUGAUGCAUCCCCAUAAUCCCAACGCUCCUACAGUGCAUAUGAACUAUCGAUACUUUGAGAUUGAAAACCCGGACGGUACACCGAAAAUGUGGUGGUUCGGCGGUGGAUCCGAUUUGACGCCAAGCUACCUGUAUGAAGAAGAUGCCAUCCAUUUCCAUCAAGUCUUGAAAGAAGGUUGCGACAAGUUUGAUAAAAAGCAUUACGGCAACUUCAAACAAUGGUGCGACAAGUAUUUCUACAACAAGCACCGCGGCGAAUCGCGUGGCAUUGGCGGUAUCUUCUUUGAUGAUUUAGAUGACAAACCGGCCGACGAAGUGUUUAGUUUUGUCAAGGAAAUGGGCAACCGAUUCUCACUUUCUUAUAUCCCCAUCAUGAAGAAACGCAUGAAUAUGCGCUUCACCCCGGAAAUGAAGGAAUGGCAACAAAUCCGUCGCGGACGUUACGUGGAAUUCAACUUGGUCUGGGAUAGAGGUACCAAGUUUGGUUUGCAAACCCCUGGUGCCAGAAUCGAGGCUAUCCUCAUGUCCCUCCCAUUGACAGCCCGUUGGGAAUACAUGCACGUGCCAGAACCGGGAUCCAAGGAAGAAGACUUGGAAGAAGUAUUAAAGAAUCCCAGAGAUUGGGUGCCAUUGGAUUAA